AUGAUUGUUAUUUACCCAGUUAUCUUGAUAACCAAAGACAGUUUUUCCCUACUUUUUACAAGUGAUAAGGAUCUGCAACAAGCGGUCGCCAAGCUAGCAUAUCUUCUUGGUAUAACUAUGUUGCUCAACAGCAUCCAGCCGAUAAUAUCAGGGGUUGCAAUUGGUGGUGGAUGGCAGGCACUGGUAGCUUAUAUAAACUUGGGUUGUUACUACAUUUUUGGACUUCCUCUUGGAUAUCUUCUUGGUUAUAUUGCAAAUCUGGGAGUGAUGGGACUUUGCGGGGGCAUGAUAUGUGGAACUGCUCUCCAAACCUUGCUUCUGAUGAUUGUGCUCUACAAAACCAACUGGAACAAAGAGGUGGAGCAAGCAACAAAAUGCGUGAGGAAGUGGGGUGGUCAAGACAUCACAGCUGGGAAUGGAGCUCAAAGUACCUGAAAUUCUUUGCUCCUUCAAUGUUCAAUGUUCAAACUUUUUGUUUUGGAUGAAUAAAAUCUUCAAGUACGAGUACAAAAAAGGCAAUGAUAUAGUGAGAUUUCUAGCUUUGCCAUUUUCAGAGGCCAAUGCAUAUUCCUCUGCUCAUAAGCUUAACGGUGUCGCCGCCU